AUGACUCAGGAUAAUCAAACUGAUAUUUCAUCAGGCCUUCAGCAGGUCAUAUUGUCUACUAGUGUUGUGGGGAAAAAUAAUAGGGAGAAAGAGUUACAAUACAGGAAAAUUGAUAAGAUUCAAGAUUUUAAUGAUGUUUCUGAUGGUAGAUCCAUAGACGAUUUUUUUGAAUUGGAUUCACUGACAUUUGAUAAGUGGGUUCCAUUAUUAAGAAAAUCGAUCGAGGCUGAACAACUACAUCCUCUCGUGGAUAACUUGUAUAAUUCUAUUGAUGAUCAUUUUGAAGGUUUAGAGACACAAUUAUUACAAGAUGCACAAAUAAGUGAUAAACUGAAAACAUCAAUACCUCAAAUAUCAAAUAUCCAAGACAUUAUAGAGGGAUCAUUAAGUGCUGAUAUUUCAAAUUUACAAAAUGCAUUAACAAAAUCCACAACUGAGGUUAUUUUAAAAAAAGAAGUUUAUCUUAAUAAUAAAAAAAUUUCAUCAAAAGUCAAAGAGACUUCAAUAUUGAUAAGUAAAGUUUUAAGAAUAUUAGAAUUAGCAAAUAAUUGUCAAGACUUAAUCAUUGAAAAGAAUUUUUUCAAAGCGUUACAAAAUAUUGAAACUUUAGAACAGAUUUAUUUGCAAGAAUUCAAAAAUUAUAAUUUCCAAUUCUUAAAUGAAAUUUAUGGUUCCAUCCCAUUUUUAAAAUCUUCUAUUAAAGAUGAAUGUGUUAAUUUGAUUAAAAAUUCUUUUAAUUUGAAUUUAGGUAAAAAUCUACUAACUGUGGGUGAUCAAUUUUUUCAAGUUUAUCGGGAUGAAUUAUUACCUGUAUGGAUAGAGGUUAAAGAUACAAUGAAAUUAGGUAAUUUUAAAUUUAAUUCGCCUAUAGAAAUAUCAUUAAGAGAUCAAAAUAUAACAUCAAAGCUAAAUUUAUCUAACUUUUUCGAUUUAGACGAGUUUCACGAUUCUAUUUUAAUAUUCCAAAAACUAAAUGAAUUCGAUUAUUUGUUUACAGAAUUGACUACCGAAUAUGCUUUCAGAAAAAAUAAAAUUAUUCAUCCUUUAUCAUGGAAAAAUGCUACAAAUGGUAUUUCUAAUACACCUGGCAGUUCAGGAAAUACAGGCAAUGCGAAUAAUAGUGGAAAUUCUGAAGCAUUUCAGAAACUACUUUCGGUAAAAUUUUUAAAAGAAUAUUUCCUGAAAUUGCUUGGGUUUUUAUUAUAUGAUAUAAACUUGAAUAGAGCAACAGAUUACAUUAUUGUUUGUAAUAAUUAUAACGCAACCAAUGAAUUUUGGGAUGGAAUAAUGCAACUAAUAUCACCAUCAUUAGAAUACUUUGUUCAAAAUAUAUUGAACACUGAGGAAGAAUUAACUGAAUUUAAGGAUUUUAUGUGUAUAUUCAUUGCAAUAUUAGAGAACUACGAACUGAAUAUUGAUUCAUUAUAUGCAUUUUUAAUAUCAAUCUUCAAAAAGUUCUGCAAGCUCGCGACUAAUGCAUUUGAGGAGGAAUUUCAAGUUCUGCUAAAUGAUGAUGAUUUCAUGCCUUUGACAAUAAAUGAUAGGCAAUUAUAUGAAAAGGUGACAAAAAUUUGUUGGAUGAAAGAUAGUGAUGACAUGCUAGUAGAACAAAAUGGAAAUGAUGACGAUUUCAUAGUUACAUUACCAUUUUCACCUUUAUACCCAAUGACAUGUACAUUGAUAAAAAAGACAUAUACAAAGUUAAUCUCUUUUAUUUCAAGCUUUUUCCGUCAUGAAUUACACACAGUCAAUUCUAUAUUAGUCACAACAGUCGAUCAUUUAUUUAAUGAUAUCGUAAACCACAAGAUACGUGCAAAAUUAGAUACUACAUCAAGAGAAGAAAUUGCUCAAAUUUUAAUCAAUUUAGAUUAUUUCAUCAUCGCAGCUAAUAAAUUUAGUAAAUUAAUGGAAACAGAAAAUAUCAUGCAGAACCCAGAUAUUGGUAUUAAAUUAUCUUCUAUUAAUAAUUAUGAAGAAAGUAGAAAGCAAGCCGAAUCCCAAUUGAUCGAAUUGAUCGAUAAUAAAGUAUCUGACAUUCUUGAGACAGUUGAGUUAGACUGGAAUGCUACUGUCACUAGAGAAGAGCCAGAUUUUUCAAUAGUCGAUAUUGCACAAUUUUUAGAAAUGAUGUUUUCGUCAACAUUAGUAAAUUUACCAUAUAGUGUACAAACUCUACUUAUAUUUAGAGAGUUCGAUUCUUUAACCACACAAUUUUUGAAUAUAUUACUUCAUGAAACUCCAGCUAAGAUUACAAAAGAAAGUGUAUUAAAUUUUGAAGUUGAUAUCAAAUAUUUAAAGAGCAUAAUUUCAAGAAUUUUCCCAAGUUCUGAUGGUAUUGAAGAUGAAGAAAAUGAUUUGAAUGGUUUGCGUGCACCACCUACUCCAAUCUCACAGGUCAAUAACUCUAUUCACUCACCAUCACUAAUUGAAAAUAAUAUUAAGUCAUUAAAGGCUACCUUUACCGAGUUGGAACAAUGCCUUGACCUUCUAAAAUUAGAUAAUGUAGAAGAAUAUUCUGACCCAGAGAUCAGAAUGAGGAGAUUUGCCCGUAUUAGACCAGACGAUGCCUCUAUUCUACUCAAUAAAGUAAAACCUAUAACGUCCCAGAGAGAAGUAGUUUCAGCCUCGCGGGACUCAACUAGUCCAUUACCAAUGGAAUCAUUGAAUACUCAUAGAAUUGCUAAAUUCUUUAAGAAUAAAAAAUAA